ACAACAAGAAGAGCAACGAUCCAGCAGACACACACUGAUACGCAGCAGCGACCGUCGGAGGAGAGGGAAAAAACAAGACAUUACAUUAAUAUCACGUCAUCGUCAAUAUAGGAUUAUGUGGAAUACAAACGUUUACAGUGUUUAGAGACCAAUGCAUGCGAUAAUCUGACCGUAGACAGACCGUGCACACCACGUUAGUAACAACAAACAGUGAAGUGGCGCAAAAGGAAGGGGUCAGAUCUUAAGGAGUCACCUGGAGGCUCUCCCUCAGCCCUCUUUUCACUGGGAGCAGGCAGAGCAGAGCAGAGCAGGCGCUGAAGAGGAGAGCUCGCGUCUGCUCGUGGCUCCAGCGGACGGUCUUUCACCUAUUGGCUGUUCUUUACCUUUGUGGUCGAUUGAGUUCAUCUUUUUACCUUUAAUGUGAGGCAUAACUGCUGUACAAAAACCUUCAUAUUCAAAAGAAGAGUGUUUAUUUUUUCUGUCGUAAGUUUUUUAUGUUUUGGCUGUGAGUAGCAGGAGCUUCCAUUCUUAACGGUAGUCAAAACCGUUUGCAUUCUGAAGUCUUGGUCUGAUUACCUGGUAGUCCUCAAACACCUGAAACUGGCAGCUAUUUUUCUGAAUCGUGAGUGUUUGGGGCGCUCCGUGACCACAGCAUAAGCACCACUCAGCCUUUUAGUCACCUUAGCCUAAUUUAAGCCUACCAGCUCAAGCCUGCUCCAGCUCAGUCCAGCCUGCUCCGAAUCCCUGGACAGGAUACUCAAUACUGUGUGGACGUGAGGAAUAUGACAGCUGAGACUCUUAACUUCGGCCCAGAAUGGCUCCGUGCACUGUCCAGUGGGGGGAGUGUGACCUCUCCCCCUCCCUCCCCUGCCAUGCCAAAGUACAAGCUGGCCGAGUACCGCUACGGCCGAGAGGAGAUGUUAGCACUUUAUAUCAAAGACAACAAGGUCCCAGAGGACAUGCAGGAUAAGGAGUUUGCUGCUAUUCUGCAAGAUGAGCCCAUGCAGCCCCUGGCACUGGUGCCUCUCACUGAGGAGGAGCAGAGGAACUUCUCCAUGUCUGUGAACAGCGUGGCCGUGCUGAGGCUCAUGGGGAAGGGUGUGGGAGGGGCCGCACCAGCCGGAGUGGUCCGAGGUCGAGGGGCCACACGAGGCAGUCGAGGCCGUGGUCGAGGUGAAAGUGGGUUUUACCAAAGAAGUAUUGAAGAAUCUGAGGGGGGCUUUGGCCGCAAUGUUCGAGAGAUACAUCGCAGUCAGAGUUGGGAUGACAGGGGUGAGCGGCGCUUUGAGAAGCCUCUGAGGAGAGAGGUGGGCCGGCCGGGCUUUGAGGAGUCUGGACCCCCCCCUGCUCCAGGGAGGAAGGAGUAUGCAAGGGCUGACAGUGAUAACUGGCGCACGCUCCGAGAGGAGCAGGAGGAGGAGGAGGUAGAGCCGGGCAAUAACUGGAGACUGGCCGGAUCGCGCAGGGAUGAUGGUGGUCCACGCUCAGCGGGCUGGCGGGAUCACACUGGCCCCGGGGAAGGUCGCAGGAGAAAGUUUGACUUUGACUUCCGUGACUCUGAUGGCCAUGGAGGAGGUGGACGACGGCGCGCGGGCAGUGAUGGACCAGACGACGAGAGGGAUGGCCUGCCUGAGUGGUGCACUGACGAGGAAGACAGUGAGAUGGGCACCUUUGACUCCUCUGGAGCCUUCAUGCCUCUGAAGAAAUCUGGAAAAGAUGCCAUCCUGGAGGAAGAGCUGGAAUUCAAAGGAAUAGAAGAUGAGGAGGAGCAUGAGGAGGGUCUUGAGGACCCAGAGAAAACCUGUGCUGAAGGAGACAAAGACAUGGAACGUAACAAAGCUGGUGGUGGGAUAUUGAACGGUGAGGAGAAAGCAUCUUCUCCCUCUGUUUCUCCCACUCGCUGCAGCCCUCCAUCACAGGAGCCUCAGCCUAGUGCAGUGGCCCCUGUGGUGGACAAUGGGCUGUCUCUGAAGCCUAACAGCACAACCAGCCAAGAUGUGUCUCUGAUGGCCGACACAAAAGCUCAUCUCUCUUCAAGCACGGUUGCCCCAUGUGUCCUCCCUCCCCCUCCUUCUUCCUCUGCAGCCCCUCUGCCCCUCACAGGCGGAGGAGACCCAGAGGACGAUGAAGGCAUGACGCAUCUUCAACAGGAGGCGGAGAAGAUGGUGGCCUCGCUGCAGGAUACGUCUCUAGAGGAGGAGUGCUUCACCCAGGCUCUGCAACAGGAGAGUCGCAACACGGCUGCAGCUCUGCCCCUGUCCCACGAGGCUGCCAUGAAGUGGUUCUACAAAGAUCCACAGGGAGAGAUCCAAGGUCCCUUCAGCACUAUGGAGAUGUGUGAGUGGUUCCAGGCGGGCUACUUCACCAUGACCCUGCUGGUCAAACGGGGCUGUGAUGAAGGCUUUCAGCCCCUGGGGGACGUCAUCAAGAUGUGGGGCCGUGUUCCAUUUGCCCCCGGGCCCUCCCCUCCACCCCUGCUCGUGAGACAGCCCCCACCAUCGCAGCGCCCUCAACCCAGCCGGAGCUCCACCGGGACUGGUAAUCUGGACCAGGACCGUCUGAAGAAGCAGCAGGAGAUGGCUGCUGCAGCGCUCUAUCAACAGCUCCAGCACCAGCAGCUAUUCCAGCUCAUGAACAGGUGCAGCGAGCAGGGUAUGAUGCCUUCGAUGAACAGGUCGAUGUCAGUGCCAGACACAGGGUCCUUGUGGGACAUGCAUACCUCAGCUUCACAGCCAUCAGGCGGUGAAGCCAGUCUUUGGGACAUAACAAUGAAUCCUUCUACUCAGGGUCCAACUCUUGAACAGCUUCAAAAGCUCCAGGAAAGGAGAGAUGCUGAACUCAGGGCUAAGCGCGAGGAGGAAGAGCAGCGUAAGCGCAGGGAGGAAAAGAGGAGGCAGCAGGAGGAGCAGAAGAGGAGAGACGAAGAAGAGCUCUACAGACGCAAGCAGUGUCGGCAGCAGCAGGAGCAGCUACUCUUGAAGCUCCUGAACCCUCAGGCCCAGGGGCCUGGAGCCGGUGGCUCGAGCUGGGGAGGAGCGCCCUCUUCUGGUCUGUCCAAAUCAGGAAAGCCCCCUGCUCUGACUCUUUUGGAGAUGCAGCAGAGAGCCCAGCAAAGAGAACGCCAUUCAGGCAUGUCUAUGGGCAACUCGUCCAUGGGAAACCAGUGGAUUGAGGGCAUGGGGAUGUGGGGCGGCGCAGGGGCCAUGGAGGGCAAAUCAGCCAGUGGAGGCUCCGGUGGGAGCAUGGGCAUGUGGGACGAGGCUGUAAAGAACCAGAGCCUCCGCUCCAACUCCAACAACAGUAUGGGCUUAAAGAACAGCCGCAGCAGCCCCUCCCUCAGUGAACAGUACAUGAUGCGUCGGAAGCGCACAGAUGAUGAGGAGAAGCUGCUGAAGCUGCUGCAGGGCAUGAAGCCUCAGGAUGGCUUCACCACAUGGUGUGAACAGAUGCUGCACGCUCUCAACACCUCUGCCAACAACUCCUCCUCUCUGGACGUUGCCACUAUAGUGGCGUACCUAAAGGAGGUGGAGUCACCCUAUGCAGUGCUGGACUUUAUCCGGUCCUAUCUAGGGGACACAGUGGAAGCCAAAGAGUUUGCCAAACAGUUCCUGGAGCGACGUGCCAAACAGAAAGCCAACCAACAGAGGCAGCAGCAGCAGUUAUCAAAGGAAGUGGCCGGGUUGAACAUGAACUUCCCUCUGCAGGACUCAAUGCGAGGUAUGAACCCUAAUACCCUGCAGUCCAUGUUCCAAGCCAACCACAUGGGCAAGGCGGGGCUCUACGACAACCAGGGAGGGAAGAUGAAGAAGAAACAGCCCCUGAUGCUGCACUCCGACCCCAGCAUCUUAGGGUACUCAUUCCACAACGCGGGGGACUGUCUGUCUAUGAACGACAUGGAGAUGGUGGAGGAGUACUGAGGCGGAACAGCGCAGCAGCAAUAGCUACCUGAGGCCUUCUUGUCUUUUAAUCAGACAAACCUGAUGACGAAUGUGCACUGCUGGGGGAACCGGGGCGGGAGGGGCCGUGUUCAUGUGAGCAGGGCACAGGGGUAUCCUCUGGCACUCAACUACAAGCACCUUAUUCUCAACUAAUGCACUUUAACGAGACAGGAUUUGAAAUGUGUGUUUGUGUGCGCGUGCAUGUGAGCGUGAGUGAGGAGGGCAGGGCAGGGGAGGGGGUUAGAACUGGAAGGGGAGCAGACACAGCGGUGAGUGAUUGUCAGAGGGACCUUUACUUUAUCAGAGAGCAAAUCCUUUCUCGAAAAGACAAACACUGUUGAUAUUUCCUGUUCAGCAUUUUUUUAUGUUUAUAGAAAAGUCAAGCUAUUGAAAAAGUGGAUUAUAAAAACUUGAAGAUUUGCACUUGCCUACAAAAGAGAUGAGAAAAAUCACAGAAAAACAACAAAACCACAAAAAAGCAAACAAAAACAAAAUUACAGUUUUUUGGAGAAGUGAAUAUUUUUGUGAAUGUGAUGCGUGACAGAGGUGUGUGUUGUAAUAUAACAGUCUGCACAAUGUUUUUCUUUUCUUUUUGUUGCUUACCAAGAUGUAUGAAACAUAAGAGGCCAUUUAUGUCUAUUUUUGUUCAAAUAGUAAUUUUGUAUUCUCAUAAGAAGUGCGUGUGUCCUGUCCAAACUGGGUUUGGAUGUUUAGGAGAGCAGCUGAGAGGAAGAGGCCAAUUGCACAACUCUCCUUUCUCUCAUCAGCUUCAUCCCGAGAGCAACUCUGUAAAUGUUAGCUUUGCUUCUUAUAUGACCACCACUAGGUUCUCUCCUUAGCUUCUCCUCGUGGAACUGUCUGUGGACAGGCCAAUCAUGAGGGACGUGACGUGUGCGUGUGUGUACAAAUGAUUUAAGACUACAGGUACUUGUAAAUCCAUGUGCUUUUUGUAUGACUGCACAUUUGUGCCUAAGAACUCGGAUAGGGUGCGUGGCCAUUGAGACAUUAACUUUGGAGUGUGUGUGUGUGUAUAUGUGUGUAUAUGUGUGUGUAUGUGUGAGUGUGCACAGCACAGUGCGAGUGUGUGGAAUGGUCCAUCUGAAGGUCUGAUGUGACCAUGUUGCCUUUGUCAGUUCUCGAACUUGUGAAUGAUAAGUGUCGAGUUUCUGACCUUGAAAAAAACGCAUCUUAAUGUGCAAAUGCACAGGACGGUGCAUGAAAUGUUAGCAUAUUGUGUUACGUAUUCGUUGUUGCAAUUUGAUAAUGACGAGUUUUCAUUUUUAAUGAAAAAUAUAUAUGAAUAUAUACAUUAUAUACAAAGUUUAAAAGUAUUUGGACUAAGAUAAUGAGCACUUGGGCUGCUAUUUUUUGUUCUAUUUUUUUUUUUCAUUAUCACCAUGUGAAGUGUGUGUAUUGUUUCUUAAGAAAAUAUUGAAUGUAUUCCAAAAAAUAACAAACUUAUGCUGAUACAGACUUUCCCACAGAAGAUUUCAAAAAUGGAAACAAAGUUGUUUUUUUACACGGUGAAGUAAAUGUGUGGAAACGGUUGAACACACUGCCUCUGUCAGACUGAGCUCUGCUUGUUUACACACCGCAUGGACAUGUGGCUGCAGUUUAGUUUCUUCACCUUCGCUUUGACUUUUUGUUCCCACGUAUAAGAUGAGUGGGUUUGCAAGUGCGCUUCUGCCAUUUUUGAUUAGUUUAGUUGUUUUGGCAUCCUGGCGUGGAGAGGAUGCUGUGACUGGAUGGUCCAGUGUGGAGCGAGAGCAUGGACAGAGCCUGGGCGGACUGGCAGGGUGCUGAUCUUCACCUCAUCAAAAGCACUCGGCCUGCCCUCAUCAACUCACCUAUGCACUUUGGUUCAUUCAAGCUGUGAGGUACCAUUUUGGGGAUGGCGACACAUCUGCAACAAGAGGACUGUGUUUUUUUUUUUGGUUUGUUUUUUAAGAAAUUCCCAAAAAUAAAUCAGAGACUGGAGAGGCCUGCCUUCCCAUACUCUUGUAAAUAACCAUAUUUUUGUAGUACUUUGAGAGAGGAAACUUGUCAACGGAUGAAGGAAAACUAGCGAAUGUUCCAGAAUCUUUUUGGAUUUGAACUCUGGUGCGUUCCCCUCGGUUUGCCAGUAAAAGUGGGAUUGGAAGGGAAAGCACAUGGACUCGUGGUGGACGUUUUCCAGUGUCCACUCAGCACAUCCACGGGAGGAGGGUGUGAAAGAGAUGCUGACUGCUGCAGAGGUCAGCCCUGGGACCGGCCCUCAGGAAGAAGACUCCUCCAGACCGGACACUCCCUGCUCCUCUAUCUGUAGGAGUUAAACAGUGCCGUCAUCCUGUUCUUUGGGGAGCUCUCCUGUGGCCUGCCCAGGGCCCCCCUUCACCCGGGCCCUUGCCUCACGGAGCCUGGACCCUCAGAAACUUGGCUUUGGCAUUUGAAUGGGCCCCUUGUGACGCUCUGGAUGGGCCCCUGAACAGCAGAGGGACAGACUUUGGCCUGACCUCAAAGCGCCAAACUGGAAAAAACUCAAAACAUACAAAAAAACAAAAAACUUGCAUAACUACAAGUUAAAGACACUAUAUCCACCGCAACCUCUAGUUACCGUGGCGCUAUCAAGAACCACAGGUCAACACGGUCGGACGCAUCAAGUUUGUCUGCUGUACAGGCGAUGAGAGACAAACAACUUUGUACAAUUUGUAAAUAAUCACCUUUCUUUCCCAUUCUUUUGCUGCAUUUCUGUUUAUAAAUGCCUUAAAUUGUAUAGUUUGGUCCGGGAAUGGCUAACUUGGGUAAGAAUUGGAAACACCUAGUCUGUACUGGUGAAGGACUGUACUAUAACACGUCCAAAUGACCCCAGUAAAAGGUUAGCUCGGAAGCAGUGGACUUUGUAAUUUUGUUCAUUUUUGGGUUUUCAAGAUGUAUAGUGUAUUGUAAGGCCGCGCUGAGGAGUUGAGCUGACGGGCUUUCACAAAGAAUACAACUUCUCAAAAAAAAUCUGCCCCAGUGUUUGUACUUUGAGUUUUAACAAUGCACGGUGAAGACAGUUCCCACUCCAGCUAGUCUCUGAAACAAGAAUGGUGUUAAUCAACCAAUGUUUUGUGUACUAUGUUGCAGUAAGUGGUGAGGUAUGGUCAAAUGGCUUAUGAGGUGACUACAAUAAAUUGAGGAUUUGAAUUAGAAGGCUUGACAGUGUUGACAAUAUUUUACUCAACUUUUCAAAUAGUUCCAAAUAAGAGGGAAAAGACUGAAUUUGGGUAAAGGUUAAACUGAGUUAUAAUGUCGAUUUUACUUGUAGUUUCACUUUAUGUAAGCCAUGUAGACCACUGCAUUGUCAAAACCCUGUGUACUUGAGAAUUCUGUCAAAACAUCUAACCUAAUUCUAUAGCCACGUAUUAAUUCAUUUUGUAUUAUUUUGUCAGCAUAUUCUGGUCAGCUCAGCUACUUGGCCUCAAAAGUCUGCUGUUAAACAUUAACAUGCAUAUUCAGAAACAGUUUUGAAAAAAAUUGGAAGAUGUGUAAAUAGUUUGACUUUUGUUUGACGAACAAAUACAAAAUAAACGGCAUUUAGAAUUGA